ACAUACAUUUCGCACCGCCACAAAGCACGCACGCACGAGCCAAAGUUGAUUUCUCAAGUUCAGUCCGACGAACCGAGGAUGCGGCGGUGGUGCACGAACGCUCGGGAGGUGGUCGUCGGCGAUGGGGGCGUCACGGUGGUGCUCGCCCACGGCUACGGCGUGACCCAGGCGUCCUGGGACAAGAUCCUCCCCUCCAUCUCCAAAGCUGACAAGGUGCUCCUCUUCGACUGGGACUUCACCACCUCCGAUCACGCCGGCGUCGACGACGAAGAUGUGGGGAGGUACACGUUCGGCAGGUUUGCGGACGACCUAAUCGCGCUGAUGGACGAGCGGCAGGUUCGUGGCGCCGUCUUCGUGGGGCACUCCAUGUCGGCCAUGGUCGGCUGCAUCGCCUCCGCACGGAGGCCGGACCUUUUCGCCCACCUCAUGCUCCUCUGCGCAUCCCCAAGGUACAUUGACUCAGAGGAUGAAGGGUACGUUGGAGGAUUCAAGGAUGCAUCCAUCCAUGCCAUGUUGGGUGCCAUGGAGUCCAACUUCCAAGCAUGGGUAAAGGGUUUUGUCCCUAAUGCAGCUGGCUCGGGAGCCGUGGAGGAGCACAUCAUGCAGAGCUUCUUGGCCAUGGACCCCGAUGUGGCACUCGGGGUGGCCAGGAUGAUCUUCUUCGGCGAUGAGAGAGAGGCCCUCGAUGUCGUUCCCACGUCGUGUACAAUUGUCCAGGCGCGCCAUGACUUCGCGGCACCACCAAUCGUGGCGGAAUACAUGCAGGGGAGGAUGGCAUCUGCGGGCACCGGGGUUACCAUGGAGAUAGUCGAGUCUACCGGGCACUUCCCACAGCUCGUCACGUCGGCUCGUGUGGCUGAAAUUCUUGACGGCGUUCUGCUCUGCUUACGUGACAAGGGUGCCUAUGACGCCGUCGGGGCACCUGUGCAUCCCGCAUCGGACGUGGAGGUUGAUGGUGGCGCCAUUGACGUCAUGACAUAGAGCCUAUAUACAAGAUGUACAAAGUACAGAAGUGAAUGUGUAUUGUAUUUUUUGUUUUGUUUUGCUUUUGACAUGUGUUCGCUUGUGUUGGUGCAUAGGACUCUUUGUCUGCAAUAUGUAUGUCCCUGCAUGUUUGAACCUUGACAUUGCAAUGAAAAGAUCGUUUUCUGGACAUGG